UUCCAUCAACUGGGUGGCACUGCUGGACGGAGGAGAAAUGCCGCUGUCAUGGGUAUGGUGGAAUCAAGCGGAAACGGAAAUACGUCAAAUUUCCGUUCCAUAUUUUCUAAGUAAAAGACUUCCUGGUGAAGUGGCCAAAGUAAGACCUCAACCAAAGUCCACUAUAGUGAGUGAGCAGGGACCUGCCAGCAGCAUGUCUGGCUCAGUCAGGAUGGAGGUGUCUCCCCCUCCCUCAGGCCUAGAAGCAGAGUAUGAGACACUUUUCACCACUGACUCCCUCCUCUUCCUCCAUGAGCUGAUCUCCACAUUUGAUGAGCAGGUGGAUCAGGUGCUGAGGUUGCGGGUGUCCAGAAAGGUCCACUUGGAUCUUUCAGGUGAUCUGCCGAGCUUCCUGGAGCACACCUCAGAUAUCAGGAGAGACCCAGCCUGGAGGGUGCUCCCUGUGCCCCUGAGGCUCCAGAGGAGACAUGUGGACAUUGGGGAUCUGGCCCCCAGCGAUACCCAGCGCUUUGUUGAAGCUCUUCAGUCACCAGCACAAGGCAUACAGGUUGACUUUGAUGAUGGGAACUGCCCUACAUAUUACAACCAGAUCAAAGGCAUGCACAAUGUUUUAAAGGCAGUGCACAACCAGUUUCCCAAUGUUCCACACGUCUCUCAGGCACCGGUGCUGAUGCUGCGUCCUCGUGCUUGGAACAUGGUGGAGCACAACAUGAUGGUGGAGGGGAAGGAGGCUCCUGGUCCGCUCUUUGACUUUGGACUUCUCAUGUUUCACUGUGGAAAGACACUGUUUGAAAACAAGAGUGGACCCUAUUUCUACCUGUCAAAAGUGGAGAGCUUCAUGGAGGCCAGACUAUGGAACAAGAUCUUUGUGUGGACACAACAGAAGCUCGGCCUUCCACUGGGCAGCAUUAAGGCGACAGUGCUAAUUGAAAAUAUAUUAGCAGCCUUUGAGAUGGAGGAGAUUCUCUAUGAGCUGCGAGACCAUUCAGCAGGACUCAACUGUGGCAUCUGGGAUUAUUCAGCCUCCUUUGUCAAUAAGUUUGGACACCGACGGGCCUUCCUGCUGCCUGACCGCAGUAAAUAUGUCAACAUGGAGAAACGCUUCCUACGCAGCUACAUGGAGCUGCUGGUUCAGACGUGUCACCGGCGGGGGGCGCUGGCCACAGGAGGCAUGGCUGCUCUGCUGCUGCCUCAGGACCCACUCAGUGAACCCUACAGGAGAGUGCUGGCUACUGUCACCAGGCUGAAGUUGCUGGAGAUUAAGGCAGGUGUGGAUGGUUUCAUGGUUUAUGACCUGAACUUGAUUGAGCCCAUGCAGACACUCUUCAGACUCCACACUGACGGUGAUAAUCAGCUUCACCAGCUUCGAAAUGAUGUCUCUGUGACUCCUGAGGACCUGCUGUCCAUGCCCUCGGGAGGAGUCACCCUUUAUGGUUUGAAGUACAACAUUGCAGUUGGUGUCCUCUUUAUGAAUGCUUGGCUCUCAGGUAAAGGCCACUUCUUCUUCAGAGGCCAGGUCGAAGACUCAGCCACAGCAGAGAUUUCCAGAUCACAGGUGUGGCAAUGGAUCCGUCAUCAGACUCAGCUGGAGGACGACAGCAGGGUGGUGAGCAGGCGGCUGGUCACUGACCUCAGCAGGGAGGUGAUGGUGGAGCUCAGUGCUCUGGGUCAUAAUGUUGGGGCUAAACAGGGGCUACACACAGCAGCAGACAUGUUCCUGGAGGUGGUCCUGAAGAGAGAUUUCCCAGAGUUCAUCACCACCUACUUGAAUCAGGACCACACCUUUCUCAGCUCCCAGAGCAGUGCACAGGUGGAGGCUCAGCACAGACACACACACCAAUCCAAACUGUGACGGUCCAGCUGGAGGACAGCUCCACGUUCUCUGCUCUACACUUUCUAUACAUAAUGACAGACUCUAAACACACUACUCUGGACUGAUGGCUUGCUUUAUGCUGAAAGAGAUGAAUACAUGUGAUCCUGGUUGGGUUCCUGCAAAUCCACAACAUUAAAACCUCUGACAGGUGAAGUGAAUAUCACUGAUCAUCUGGUUACAAUCCAA